AUGUCCGCGAAGCCCAUCUUUGUUGCUACCCAUCCCAGGGCAUGCUCAACGGCUUUUGAACGGGUCUUCAUGACCCGCAGGGACUCUCUGCAAUGCAUCCACGAGCCAUUCGGAGAUGCUUUCUAUUUCGGCCCAGAGAGGCUGAGCCGGAGAUAUGAGGACGACGAGGAAGCUCGCCUGGCAAGCGGCUUCAGUACUUCCACCUUUAAGACCAUCUUUGAUCGCAUCGAGAGCGAAGCCACUGAGGGAAAACGGGUCUUUAUCAAAGACAUCAUUCACUAUUUGGUCCCUCCAGACAGAAAACCAGCCAGUAUCGCUCCCUCCCUAUUCAAGGUGAAGCGUGGUAUCGGCACCAAUGGCGAGAGCAACGGUCUCACGAACGGUCACGCCAACACUGAAAUAGUCAAUGGUGUGGCCACCAACGGAGGGGCUUCAGCUUUGACUGAAGCUCCUCCAUAUCCUUAUGCGACCGAAGCUGAGCCAGAAAAUCCAACGGUGGUCCCUCUGGAGCUUCUGUCCAAGUUCCACUUCACUUUUCUCAUCCGUGAUCCGCACUACAGCAUCCCGUCCUACUUUCGAUGCACAAUCCCUCCGUUGAACGAUGUGACCGGCUUCCGUGAUUUCUCUCCGUCCGAGGCUGGAUAUGACGAAGUACGUCGAGUCUUUGACUACCUGUGCAAAGUUGGUCUAGUCGGACCUCGUGUCGCGACUACGCAUGCAGAAGACACAGCCAAUAAGGAGACGAACGGAACCACUUACCAGCGCAAAGGCGCCUCUCACAAAGGGGGCGUCGAAAUCUGUGUCCUCGACGCAGAUGAUCUCUUGGACAACCCAUCUCUUAUGAUUGAAACAUAUUGCAAGAGCGUUGGCAUUCCAUUUGAGCCUGAGAUGCUUAUUUGGGACACAGAGGAAGACCAUGCCGUUGCCCGUACCGCAUUUGAAAAGUGGAAGGGCUUUCACGAGGAUGCCAUUGCAUCCAAGGAACUAAAGGCUCGUACUCACGCCAAGCUAUUCAAAUCCGAGGAAGAGUUUGAUGCCGAAUGGCGCGAGAAAUUCGGCGAAAAGGGAGCGAAGAUCAUCCGGGAAACGGUCAAUCGCAACAUGGAGGACUACCAUUACAUGAAGCAGUUUGCGCUAAAGGUUUGA